AUGCGUGCCUUUGUUCAGUUUGAUUAAUCCAACAACGGGUAACCAGACGGUACGACCCCACUCUGCUUCUUUUUUUUAUUCUUUUUUAAAACUAUCCUGCAAGAAGAAGAAGGAGGAGGAUAAGCUGGUUUUGAAGAGAUGGAAACUUUGGUCUUUUUGUUUUCAUUUUCUGCCCUUGGCGUCCUUUAUGCCAUGAACACCAUUCCURUGUUUCAAGAGCCAUAUGUGAUCCUGGAGACUGGGGUUGCUGUUUUGGUGAUAGUGUUUUUGUUUUACUACCUCAUCACUCGUGGAAACCCACCUAAGGACAUCUUAUUCUUUGUUUUUGCAGAAUUUUCUUUUACCUGCAUCAUUGACCUGAUAAGUGCCUUGGAGUAUGAUGGUGUUGUUUCUGGCUUCAUGGAAUUCUACCAGAAGACAGGUGAGCCCUACUUGGGGACAGCCUAUGGCAUCAUGAUGUGUUACUGGGAUGGCAUAGCCCACUUCAUCAUGUACCUGAUGAUGAUCAACAGGAUAACAGACAGGAGAGCCUACCGCAACCUGGGCCUGUUCUGGGCUGGCUCUUUGUGUGCCAACAUGAGUGUGUUUAUUACUGGAAUAGUGGCAGGUAAAUAUGGGUCAGAGAUCCGUCCAGCGUUCUGGCUCAACUUCCUCUUUCUUUUGAUGCCUGUGUGGGGUGCUGUUUCACUCUUCACUCGGCCCAAGGACAGACCACUGAUUGGCGGAUACAAUGCCCACAACAUUCAGAGCAUGAAGCUAAUCUGGCGUCCCUUGGACCUGAUCUUGGUGGUGCUUCUGUUAGGCGCCAUGGGCUUUACUGUCCUCAGAGGAUUGGUGGCUCUGGACUCUCCGCUCACCGCCUGCUCGGUUUACCUUAGCCAAUACGAACCCUACCUAAAGGAUCCUGUGGGUUACCCUAAAGUUACGAUUCUGCUUUUGUUCUUUUAUGGAUUACCUCUGCUGGGUGCAUUUGUCUACGGCCUCCUCAAACCUGGCUGCACUUGGAUGUCAGACUGGACCACAUUUUUUGCUGGAGUUGUGAUCCAGUGCCAGUGGUGCCACAUCGGGGGGUCCCUCCACUCUCGCACCACAGCUCCUUUUCACAUCCCAGGCGAUGUUUUCUGGACAGUGUUGGCAGCUAACSUGCUCUAUGCAGCCGUCCCAGUUCUGGUGGCCCUGCGGGUUCAGAGCAACCCUUACUUCUUCCUCAAAAUUGCACCCUUUCCUGGUCAGACUGGUUUGCCAAAUAGUGAGGAGAAAGAUACCAAGUACAAAGAUAAAUAAUUCCUYACCUAAUCAUUUAUUUAAUGGUCAACAAAAAGGUGUAUUAUUAGAAAUGUUGCACUUAAAAAUGCCAAAAUAAAAGAUUAUUUUGCUCAAAAGCA